GUCGGCAGCCGGGGUGAAAGCCGGUUUCUGGUGGGGCUGGUGCCAGUGUCCCGGGGAAAAUGAAGUGGCACUGAAAUGAGAGAGUUCCAUAAAUUGCUUUGGGCGGGCCGGUGUUGUAUUCUGAUUUGGUAAUGCUGGUAUCCUUCGUUUGCAGCAGUUUUUGAGAGGCUAUCACCAUGUCGACCAGAAGGCUGAAAAAUGAAGACUACAAUGAUUAUAGCUCAAUGGAAAACAGCCCGGACAAUGACAGCUCGUCACCUGACAUCUCAGAAGCACAACAAAAUCUGGGCAAUUACCAGCGUCUAAAUGAAAAUGCAGGCACCACGUGUAUACAGACAUUAAUUCACUUGUUGAAAGGCAACAUCGGAACAGGGCUACUUGGCCUUCCUCUGGCAGUGAAGAAUGCGGGUAUUGUGCUCGGUCCAAUCAGCUUGGUUAUCAUGGGAGUGGUGGCUGUGCAUUGUAUGCAAAUGCUGGUUAAAUGCAGUCGCCAUCUAAGUGUUAGAUUAAAUAAGCCAUUUCUGGAUUAUGGCAAUGUUGUGAUGUGCAGUUUGGAAGAAUCCCCCAACUCGUGGCUCCAGAAGCGUUCGAAUUUUGGAAGGUGGUUUGUGGAAUUCUUCUUGAUUCUAACCCAGCUGGGGUUCUGCUGUGUUUACUUUGUAUUUCUGGCUGACAACAUUAAGCAGGUUGUGGAUGCAGCAAAUGUUACCACUAAUGACUGCAGUCGAAACAUCUCAAGUGUUGGAUAUGGAAGCAUGGACAGCCGCCUGUAUAUGCUGAGCUUUCUGCCUUUCAUCAUUCUGUUGGUCUUCAUUCAAAACCUGAAGUAUCUGGCUCCUUUGUCAAUGCUAGCCAAUUUAGCUAUGCUUCUGAGCCUUAUUUUGAUUUAUAUCCACCUCUUCUCACAUUUUUCACAUACGAUGGAUCUACCAAAAGUUGGUGAUUGGAAAUCUUUUGCAAUGUUUUUUGGAACAGCUAUAUUCGCAUUUGAAGGCAUUGGUGUGGUGCUUCCACUUGAAAACCAGAUGCAGAGACCACAUAAAUUUCCAACAAUUCUGUAUUUAGCUAUGUCAAUUGUGAUAACUUUGUAUGUAAUCACUGGAGUUCUGGGAUACAUUUGCUUUGGAGCUGACAUUAAAGGAAGUGUAACCCUCAAUCUGCCACCUUGCUGGUUGUAUCAGUCGGUGAAGAUUUUGUAUUCUUUCGGAAUCCUCAUAACCUAUGCCAUCCAGUUUUUUGUUGCAGCAGAGAUUCUCGUCCCCUUUGCGGUAGACAGGGUUUCUGAACGCUGGAAGCUGUGUGUCAGCUUGGUAGCUCGAAGUGUUCUCGUCAUCCUCACGUGUCUCUUGGCAAUCCUGAUACCCCGUUUGGAAAUUGUAAUCUCAUUAGUUGGGUCAGUUAGCAGUAGCACACUGGCUUUAAUCGUCCCUCCUCUUCUCGAAAUUACCACGUUCCAAAGCGAAGGUAUGAGCUGGUGGAUCGUUGCCAAAAACAUCUUGAUCAGCCUGGUGGGCUUCUUAGGAUUUUUGGUGGGAACCUAUGUGUCCAUUGGACAGCUGAUCUUUCAAACAGUACCUAUGACCAAUGUGACAAUUAAUCACUAAAGUUAGUUAGGUUUUACUCUCUUGCUUUGUGUCCUAAAUCAUAUGGAUUUGUUUUCUGAAGCACUUUACUGUGAGUUCUGUGCAGGUUAAUAUGUAACAGUUUACACAUGAUGUUGUAUUUUUAAGGCAGGAGCAAAUGUUAUUUUUGGAGAAAAUGCACAUGGUUUUAUUCUCCUGAUUUUAGCUUUUGACAGUUGUAGAUGAAAAUGCCCAUGCUCAUAACUCUAACAGUAUCCUGCAGAAAACUGAAAAUUAUGCAGAAUGGGUAAUGCGUAGAGCAGGGAAUGAAAUUGUGGUUGCUCACUCAAUUUAAAAUGGGCAUUUGCAUGUUUUUAAUCUGAGGAGAAGUGGAUUGUCUCAAUUUGUUUCUCCGUGCUUGAAUUUUAAUGAGGAAGUUGAUUAUCAGUGUAUCUAGAUAUCGGGUCUUUUUGCGGUAGCUAUUACAAUUUAGUUUUAGUGUGAUGGAAAAUACUGUUUAACACAAUAGUUCCGUAUCUGUUGCAGCCUUUAGUUUAGAAACACAUUUCAAAUGCCAAAAGGGAUUUCAAUUUCCAUGAAUCAGGAGCAGAAAGUGGCCACUUCUAGGCUAACCUCUUAGUUUAGUCCAUUAAGGGAUAGCUAAAUAUCCAAGGAAAAUCAGAUUCAGACCCUUAUUUCUUGAUUUACUAAAUCAAGCAAAGUCGUGCUCUUUCAUUCUCAAUUCCAUACUGAAUUUGGGAUAGAGUGUAUCCAUUUCCUAACCUCUACUGGCAGGGAACAUGAUAAUUAAAAAAAUGAAAUACGAGUAAUUUUGUUGGGGGGGGGGAACGGGAGCUAGAUGCAGACAAGCAACUUGUCCCUCUACCACAAAGGAAUCAGGUUGACAAAUUAUUCAUUUUUAAUUUUACAUAUUCAUGUAAAGUGAAUUAGGUGUGGCUAUUUUUCAGCAUUUCAAAAUCUAGCCUAAUCCAGAACUGUCAUAUGUCAAUCUGGAGUGAAUUCUGUCAUAACUCCUGAAGCUGAUUUCUGGUUGAACUUCUGUGCUGUGUAUUCAGUUUUUAUUAUGAGCCAUUUUUGAUCAUUGGUAAUUCAAUGUUAGGACAUAGAGCACAUGGACAUAAUUUCAUAUCGAGAUAAAUUAGUUAAGAGCUCCAAAAUUUUCAAAUUCAAAUGUUAUUGAACAUUGCCAAGCUCUCAGGCACACACCUGAGAAAUUUUAUUCCAUUAUGGAAAUAAAAAAUCAAGGUUUCAAGACAAAUAGUGAAAUAAAGUCCUUUGUACAGUGGGAAAAAUUUGGUUAAGAUGAUAGACCUUAAAACACUGAGUGCAGACUUGGGCCAUUCGGCCCAUCACGUUGAUUCUGCAGGUUUCUGCCAGUUUUAAAUUCUGACUCCAUGGUGCAAUAUUGUUUACACAAAUGGUAGACAAGCCUUUUUGUUGCAGUAAGUGAAACAUUGGGAGAGUAAGUGGAAUUUGCAUAGAUACAGAAGUGGGUUUAUACAACAUGUCUACUGCAACACUUCUGGCUGAUAGAAAAUUAGAUCCUCCAUAAUUUUGAUUGUAUUGUAUGUAGAGAUUUCAUAUUUUUGCACCUCAUUCAAAUGACACUCUCAAAACUACUUGUGUAAACUCAAAAAUGAAUUGCAUUUGGAGAGCAGCUUUUUGAUGUACCAAAUCAUCCCAAGGCACUUUGCAAGACCUUUACCUGAAAACAAAAUGAGGCAAAUUUUGUAGAAUGUUGCGUGCUGCGCUAUUAAUGUUAUGUGAUGUAAGAAUUAUACAAGUGUUGUAGGUACUUUAAUGUAGACUGUGGCUUUAGCCACAACUUAUUAUAAAUUAAUCUGAGUGUAUAAAACUUACUGUGCUUGGGUGCUAUACAGACUACUAUAAUAAAAAUGCAGAUUUCUUUAUCACAAACAAGAGAAAAUCGGCAGAUGCUGGAAAUCCAAGCAGCGCGCACAGAAUGCUGGAAGAUACAAUAGGGUCUUGUAAGAGACUCUCAGAUAAGUACAUGGAGCUUAGAAAAAUAGAGAACUAUGUGGUAGGGAAAUUCUAGGUAGUUUCUAGAGUAGGUUACAUGGUCGGCACAACAUUGUGGGCUGAAGGGCCUGUAAUGUACUGUAGAUCUCUAUGUUUCUAUGAUGCUGCCUUGCCUGUUGAGUUCCACCAGCAUUCUGUGUGUUAACUGUUACUUUAUAAUUGUUAAUUAUUACUACAAGUUUCAAAUGUGCUUUUUUGUGUAAUGUGGUGGAGAGAAUGAAGGGAAUAUAUGGUCAAACAAAUUGAGGUGAUACUCAAUUAUUUUUUGUUAUCUCUCUCUCAUCUCCAUCUUCUUAUGUGAGAUAAAUGAUUGCCUGUCUUUUAAAUAACCAGUUUGAGUGUUAAACUAUAUUUGUAUAUUUUGGGCAUUAUUUCAGAUCUGCAAUUCAUGGUAUAUCUUACUGGAACCUCCUCAGGGUAAUAUACUACAACUGAGAAACCCAAUGCUAUGGUGAAUCCCAGGCAACCUCUAGUCAUACAGUUAUUUACAGCAAACUUUGUUGUACUUAUUUUUAUGAAUGUAAAAACUAAAGCUUGUGAUCUUUUUAUGCUAAUUAAAAUUGUCU